AUGGCAGAAUAUAAGUUGUCAUACGAGUCUCAACUGGAUGUCUAUCACCCCUCCUACCGCUACGAAGCCCAUGAUCCCCGCGACUGGAAAUCAGCAGCUCUCCGGGGCCCAGCCCUUCCGGCACUGGGAAAUGCGACUGCUGGUGCGAUCGGUGCCGCUAUAUCCAAUGUGGUCGUCUACCCCCUCAAUGUGAUUGUAGCACGUCUCCAGACUCAGAAACGAAAGGCCAAGAAUGAAGACGAGAAGUCGGAUGAGGAUGAAGAAUACACAAGCGUGCUUGAUGCCGCUCGCAAAAUAUACGCGCAGCAAGGCAUCUCUGGCUUUUACCCGGGCCUGGCACAGGACACUUGGAAGACAGUUGCAGACUCCUUCCUUUUCUUCCUCGCGUACAGCGCUAUCCGCCAGAAAAGGAUAGUCGCGCGCUUUGGUGCGGAUCGAGCGGCGAGGAGCAAGCAUAUUGUUCUUCCGAUACUUGACGAGCUCGCAGUUGGAAUACUGGCUGGAUCAUUUGCCAAGCUCUUUACCACGCCGCUGUCGAAUAUUGUGGCACGCAAGCAGACCUCAGCAUCACGAAAGGAUAAGAAUGCCAAAGAUCUAUCAACGAGCGACAUUGCAGCUCGUAUUCAUUCCGAAAAGGGUCUGCUUGGUUUCUGGUCCGGAUAUUCAGCCACUCUCAUCCUCACACUCAACCCAUCCAUAACUUUCUUCCUAAAUGAAUUUCUCAAACGCACCCUUCUCCCACGCUCAAAGCGUGACAGGCCUCCACCAGCCCUCACCUUCCUUCUUGCUGCCUUGAGCAAAGUCGCAGCAUCGUCAAUUACAUACCCAAUCUCUCUUGCCAAGACACGUGCGCAAGUCAUGAGCAAUUCCAAAUCUAACACCCCAGAAUCCGAGAAGACAGAGCCAGCCACACUUCUGUCCUCACUCACACCUGAUAUUCUCUCCUCAGUCCUUGCAAUCGCCCGCACAGAUGGCGCAUCAGGGCUUUAUGCAGGUCUGCAAGGUGAAGUCUUGAAGGGAUUCUUCUCUCAUGGCUUUACGAUGCUGGCCAAAGAUGCAGUCUAUGCCUCCAUUAUCAAGAGUUACUAUCUUCUCCUGAUGAUCGCACGACGCUACCCUUCGCCCGAGGAAUUGAUGGAGCGUGCUCGCGAGCAGGCCGAGGAGUAUUCCGAGGUGGUUCGUGAAGGUGCACGCGAUCUGGCUGAGCGAACCAAAGAGGGUGCCGAGGAGCUACUCAACACAAAUGCCGGGAAUGUUGCCGUUGACAUGACAUCAAACUCAGCCGGUGCCGCUGAUGCAGCUAAGAGUUUGAACCACGGCAUUGAUGCUUCCUCUGGCUUGAAGGUUCCAGUUACCUCGGUUCCAGAUGAGCUCAACGAGACAGCCGAGCUUGUUGGUGACUAUGUCGAAGAUGAAGCGGCGGAAUGGAAGAGCCUGUAUCAUUGGUUUUGGGAGAAGGAUCGAAGCCCGCAUCGGGACUAA